GUCCACAUGCUAGUUGCAUGCUGGUGAUGGGAACUCUUCUUCAAUUAAUCUACACUGUGUAAUGUCGAGUCAUUUCAUCAUUCAUAAUCUUCUAAAUACGUUUCAUCACUACUUACUUGAAAUCAUCUUCAUCCAUUGUAUUGAAGUAAUCAUGAGUCCAAUAAUUCAACUAUUUAGACGCAAAUCUCCUCUUCAAGAAAAGCUUGCAGAAAUAGUGAAGUUACCGCAUUCAGUCCUUAUAACUAUUCCGGCUGGAACACCACCUCCAGGGGUCAAAUCCCUUUCUGAAAACCCAGAGACCCUGCAACCGGUUAUUAUCGCAGUUUGUAGCAUUUUGUUUGCUCUUAUGCUUAUAUGUUGUGGGAUUCGUACAUGGACAAAAUUCAUGAUUAUGCGACCUGUGAAACUGCGCUGGAACGAUUUAACCUGGCUUCUUGCCUUGCUCACCUCAAUAACCUGUUAUGUAAUCACCAUGAUAUCUGUCACUGGUCUAGGAACCGUAGGGUUGCAUACAUGGGAUUAUUCACUCGCUAGAUUAUUUACCAAUUACAACGGAGUUGGAUUCAUUGUACCUACUUGGAAUACCCCUUUGGCUUUUGGGCUCGUGAAACUUACAAUUUGGCUCACUUAUAUCGAAAUAUUUACUUCAAUGCGUUGGGUUAGAGUUUGUUGUUAUGUUGGUGCCGCCAUAACUUCGAUUUGGUAUUUUCCAGUAGUCAUUGCUACACUUGUCUGGACAACCCCGCCGCGUGGCAAGAACUUCGUAUACAGUUUAAUUUCGGAUGGAAUAUUUACCACUCAAAAAUUGACUAUUCCUAUAGCUGCUGUUGGCUUGGCAAUUGACGUUUUCCUAUUUGCUAUACCAUUACUCGCAGUAAGCAAAUUACAUAUGGCAACAAAAAAGAAAUUGGGAGUAGCAUUGAUAUUUGCCACUGGAGCAUUAGCCAUUGUUGCUUCAAUCUUGAGUAUUAUUUACCGCGUUCGACUCAAUGAGGUAUUGGAUAACACAUGGGCUUUAGUACCCGUAUUUAUCUUGACCCUCGCGGAGUUGUUUAUCGGUAUGAUCAUUGCUUGUACUUGGCACAUGUCGAAAUUCUUCCGUACAUACGAUCGGCAGUUUGGAAAGGUGGGCUCGAGCAUAGCAUAUAUUGUAUGUUUCAGAUGCGCGAGAAAGUUUAAGCAAAGAAAAUAAUCAGAGAAAUCCGGUAAGGGCAGUGAGGGUUCUGAAACAAACGUGGAAUUGGUCAACAAAGAAAGAUGUAAGAAGCAACCUAAACUUUAUCCUAAUCUCGACGUUACGAAUUUCAAUGCAACUAUAGUCGAGGAAGAUUUUAAAUCUGAUGAAAAUAUUGAGCUUGGGAAUACAAAUGGAGUUGGAAAUCAUUAAUUCUAUGAGAAUUAAAAUUCCAAAAGAGGUCUAACAGUUGUAUAUUUGGGAAGACUCGGGGGGACUCCCAUUUUUAAUUCUUUGGUCAGCAACCAGAGCAAUCCAAUGUAAUGUUUCAUUUCGAAAGCAAGACUCAUGGCGCAAAUUCAGCUUUGUUCGUGAAAUUCUUUCUUUUAAAAUUGUAUCUGUAUGUAUAAAUCAAAUUUAUUAUGAAAAAAGUUCA